AUGCUACGCAGCCAGACGGCGAGGCGCGUGGCGUCUUCGUCGGCGUCGACGCUCACUGCACGACCGCAGAGCCUGGCGCCGGCCCGCUCCCUCGUCCGAUCCGCCUCGACUCGCCCCUCGGCAGCGGCGCCUCUGGCCCUGUUCCCUCACCCUCUCGCCUCGAGAGCCACGCCGGGGGCGCCUCGCAUGGUGCUAGCCUCUGUGCGGCCCUUUUCCGUCCACAGCGCCGUGCCCAAGCCGCAACCGGAUCCUCGACGUCCGGAGCAAGAGCAAGAGCAAGAGGAGCAGGACAAGGAGGACGAGGAAGAGGAGCGCAAGGCGAGAAAGGGCUCGCUCAAGGACCGACUGCGCUAUCUGACCCGGCGGUACGGGUGGUGGGCGCUGGGCGUCUACCUGGCCGCGUCGUCGGUCGACCUGGGCCUGACGUUUGCGGCCAUCCACAUGCUGGGCGCCGACCACAUCCGCCAGCUCGAGACGCGGGUGCGCGACGCCGUCGGCCUGUCGAAGCGGCAAGAGAGCGACGAGGAGCGCGAGCAGCGCGAGCAGGACGAGCGAGACCAGCAGCAGCCGGGCGCCGCGGGCGCCGACAAGAAGCGGCAGGGCGGCAGCAGCACCAUCUGGACCGAGCUCGUGCUCGCCUACACGAUCCACAAGACGCUCCUCCUGCCCGUCCGCGUCGCAUUCACCGCCGCCGUCACGCCCAGCUUUGUCAAGUGGCUCGUCAAGAUGGGCUGGGCCAAGUCGGCCGCCGCCGUACGAAAGGCCGCAAAGGAAGCCGCCAUCAAGAAGGCGGCCAAGAAGGCGGCCAGCUCGUAG